CUCAGUUCGUUUGACAUCUCAUUCGGAAUCGCAACAGCGUUCGAGUGAUGAGCUGAUCAAUAGUCGUCCCCGUUAUCAUUUAUUUGUUUCUGUUUAGUUUUUCGAUUUACUACAUAAAACAUUCUCAUAAUUUCAUGAGUGAAAAUUUAUAAAUUACAUGUGUUUUGUGACGGAAUUAAUUUUACAUUUCUCUUAUUCGUAUCUCGCGAGUGUGAAUGUUUCGUGUUUCUCAUUCAAUUCGUAUGAUUUUCAACUUUCAAUUCUACCUUUAGAGUAAAAUUUAAAUUAUGCGGUGCUGGAUUAUUUAAUCGAUCUAAGACACAUAAUUCGACAGUCACGUGAAUAUCCCGAAGAUGUUUCACACGUGGAAAACUUAUUUUGCCAACGUGCCACAGCGAUGGGUGUUCGCGGUCAUGGGAUGCCUGGCGGUAUCCAACGCAUUCUCAAUGCGAAUUUGCCUAAAUCUGGCCAUAACCAAGAUGGUUUCCAGGGUAAAGACAUCAUCGAAUUUCACCAUUUUAGACGACACUUGUCCAGCACCAGAGGGAACGGUGCACUCGAGCUCAAAUGGAAAUGGGACUUACGAUUGGGAUGAAUACACACAGGGUAUCAUACUGUCGAGUUUCUUCUGGGGCUACAUAAUCACUCAAAUACCUGGCGGAAUACUAGCAGACAAGUUUGGAGGGAAGUACACUCUGGGUAUCGGUAUUCUAUCAACGGCGAUUUUCACCAUGCUGACACCGCUGGUGGUUGAAACCUUCGACGCGACUGGGCUGAUAGUUCUUCGCGUACUAAUGGGUCUUGGUGAAGGAACGACGUUCCCGGCAGCGAACUCGCUCGUAGCUCAAUGGGCGCCGCCGGAAGAGAGGUCAAAGAUCAGCACGGUGGUGAUGUCAGGAAUGCAGGUUGGAACGGUGCUGGGAACAUCGCUCUCCGGGGUCCUGAUCCACAACUUUUCGAUAGGCUGGCCUGUGGUCUUCUAUUUCUUCGGAGGCAUUGGCGCGCUCUGGUUCCCGGUCUGGGUUGUACUCUGCUACAGCUAUCCGGACACUCACCCCUUCAUAAGUGACAAAGAGAAAGAGUUCCUCCGCGAAAGGAUGAGCGAGCACACCCACAAACAGACCGCGGCGACACCGUGGCGCCGGAUCCUCACCUCGGCACCAAUGUGGGCGUUGAUGAUCGGCAAGGUCGGCGAGAAUUUCGGGUUUCAAACGAUGGUGACCGACCUUCCGAAGUACAUGAGCAGCGUCCUCAAGUUCUCGAUACAGACGAAUGGCUUCCUGUCCGCUCUUCCUCUGCUCGCGAUGUGGCUCGGUGGAAUCGGCUCGUCCUGGAUCGCCGAUUGGAUGAUAAAGAAGGACAAGAUUUCAAGGACGAACUUGCGCAAGGUCUGCGCUACGAUCGCCGCCGCUGGACCGGCUGGUUUCCUCGUAGGCGCUUCCUACGCCGGGUGUGAUCGCACCAUCGUCGUCACCCUCUUCACCCUCGGCAUGGGUCUGAUGGGCUUCAUCUACCCGAGCACCAUGGUCAACGGUCUUGACCUCAGUCCCAACUACUCGGGUUCUCUGACCGCAAUGACAACAACGAUUGUCGCCAUUGCCGGUAUUGCCGCGCCCUACGCUGUCGGCGUUCUCACUCCGAAUCAGACGCUAAGCGAAUGGAGAACCGUAUUCUGGAUCACAUUCGCCGUCUACUUGAUAUCCGUUCUCAUCUACGAUCUCUGGGCCGAUGGGGAGGUCCAGGACUGGAACGACCCGGGACUCGGUGAGAAAACCAACAAGGAGGAAGUUCAAAGGCGGAAACAGAACUCUGACAUACCGCUUUCAAGAAGACCCGUCCAAAAGGUACAUCCGGCUUAGCUGCGGGUCUUCAAGCUGUGCUCCUUACGGCCUCACUGAAACAAAUUUUUUUAUUUCAAAUUGACCCUACUUCAGAUCGGGUGAAUACAUGAACAAUAAAUGAACACGUCUUCAGUCCGGAUAGAAACGACGCUAUUAACCAGUGCUUACUUUCCCUGGAAUGGUGAUGUGUUCAUUUACUGAUCGUGUUUAGUUGAUGUAGCUAUGGCAAAGGUUCUAAAACGUGAUCAAAAUGCCUAUAAACUGGGCGUUUAAAUUCUCUGCCGGGGAAAAAAGCUGGUACAAAAAUCACAAUGCAGAAUUACAAGUAUAAAGAAUAAGUACAAGUUGAAAGAAUCUUCGACAGCUUUAGAAUGGUCGUGUUUCAGUUGAUUUUUCUACUGGCAUUUUAAAAUUCAUUUACAUUUGGUUCCUUAGUCGUAGAUGCAUCAUAUUUUCAGCUAUUUUAAACACUAUGUUUCGUGAGUUUACUAUCUUUUAGCGGUGAUAAUUUUUUUUGUUACAUAGCCAAUUUUACGGCAAAGAAUAUAGUCGAAAUGAAGGAAGUUUAUUACUGACCGCCAAUAGUUUUGAUGAUUUUACAUUUUGAUGGAAUAAAAAAAUCUAUUAUUAUCGACGCUAUUACCUCCGGUCUGACUUAUAUAAGAUUCCAAUUUGUUAAAGUUGAUACUGUGAUUUACAAGCCACAUGUACGUACCCGCGUAUUCGUCAGGUGAAUCUACUCUGAAUCAAUUCUCUGGAGAAUGGCAUUUCUUCUGCAUGUAAAUAAUCUACAAUUAAUAUGAUUUUCCCCCAAAAAAAAUAAAAAAUUGAUUUAUUGUGGCGAAAAAUUAUACUUAUAUCACAAAUAAACUCACUAUGAAUUUCCGAUUGUUUCUGAUGGAUUACGCAAUUCUGAAAUAAAUUUUUCAUCCACUG